GAAGUUGCAAUUGUCGCCUGGAGGUUACUGCUGUGGCUGGGCACCACGGCGGGUCUGGAUCCUCGGCCUGGUGUGCCUCCUGGUGGGGACGCCCUUGCUCUACGCCACCUCCCGCCUCGCCCUCCACCUCCUUCAGGAUGAGAGCGUCUGGGCCACCACCUUCAGCCACGUCGUCUUCUACGGCACCGGGAUCUUCUUCGGCGUCGGGAUGCCACAGGAACCCCGCAGUGACGUCACACGGAGCUACUUCAUAAUGUGGGUCUGGACGGGGCUCCUCAUCACUGUGGUUUACCGGUCCUCCCUCACCGCCUUCCUCACGAUCCCUCUGUCGCAGCCACCGAUAGACACCCUCGAGCAGCUGGUCGGCUCCUCCCUCCCAGGCUGGGGCAACACGGGCCUCACCUUCAAGAAAAUGCUGGAGGACAACCCCGACCCGAUGGUACAGCAACUCGCCCUUCGCUACAAGGCCGUUUCUAACGCAGAGGAAGGGAUCCUGCUGACGGCGAAGAGGGAAUACGCCAUGAUGGAGAACCGCCAGUUCCUAGAAUACACGAUCGCCACCAACUACACCAACAGAUACGGGGAAGAGACGCUUCACGUAAUGAGGGAGUGCUUCUUACCCUUCAGGAUCGGAAUGGCGAUGCCGAAGAAGGCGCCGUAUAAACCGAACUUCGACCGGAUUCUGACUCGGGUGGUCGAAGCGGGAUUGGUCCGGAAAUGGUUUAGCGACAUCUUGUUCAACAGCCGGAAGCGAGGGGGGGAGGGGGAGGGGGAGGACAGAAGCGGCUCCGCGCUCUCUUUUGACAAUUUGCAGGGAGCAUGGCUGCUUCUCGGUUCCGGACUGCUGAUAGCACUCGUCUCCUUCCUGUUGGAGAUGCUGAUUGGUCCCGCGAAGAAGCAGUAAUUUCUGGCUACGACGACCCGGUGGAAUUCGACUGUUGGUGU